AAUAACUCGAAGUACGACACGGGCAAAGUACCUAAUCAAUCAAUCAAUCAAUACCAUGCGAGUAUUACGCAUUUGAUCCAUUUGUAUAUAAACAAGCUUGUAAUAAUUGUCAGGCACACAUCUUAACUUUACUCUAUUUACAUACAUCCAGCGAAAAUACUUUGCACAAAUUUAAUACUAAUAAAUCGCAAAAUGUCGGGUAUUAAGGGACUACUUGUAGUAAUUGUGGGGGCUAUGCUCACCUCCCAAAUCCAUGGGCAGAGUAAUGAUACGGAGCUGGUCAAAGUGCUGUUUAAAAGGUCGGAGUAUGUCAACCAGGUAUUUUUCCAGUUACUUCAAGCCCACUUGUUGGCCAGGACCAACCCCAUCCCGGAGCCCAUGGUUUUCGACAACUUUACUUACAGCCACGAAUGGCUGUUUCAGGACGGAGAGUCGCACACAUAUAAUCCACUUUUAUUCGGAUUUUCUGACUCAAUUCUCACCGUGCAUGCGGAUAAUGAAACUUACGAGGCCAACAUUCAUCUCGUGAUUCCACAAGCGUCUCUUACAGGUACCUACGACUUAUGGAUCGACCAAUCUGGCUUUUGGGGAAUUUACGCUCGCUACCGCGGUUCCGGCGCGUAUGCCCACUCCUUCACAAAUGUCGAGUUGUGGUUGAACUUGACCGUGAGCGAGGGAAUGGCGGGUGGGCGCCCGAUCGUGACCGAUGUCGUGACCUCGCUCCGUUUCGACUCGUGUCGCCUCUGGGCUGAAAACUUUUCGCAUAAUGGAAACUUUUGGGACGAAGGGGUGUGGGCGGGACGCGGGCUAAUUUUCAAGGAAGAGUUCGAUUCUCCGGACAAAGCGGGAGGACGGGAAAUCUUACUGACGGAAGGGGCCCGGUCAUACAUGAAUAUGUUGUUUGGAUUCUUGGGAGUAGACAGAGAACAGGCUUUACUACUGUUGAUGGAUUUGGGAACAAUUGUGAAUCCAUAGGUUGAAGCUAGAAUGAGAAAUUUAGUUAGAAAAACCUAACUAGAUUUGUAAUGGAAAAUAUUUUUGUGACGAAAUAUUGAUGUUUUAAAUAAAUCUUAGAAAAUAAAUAAAUAUGCACACUUACAUACAUAAA